CGCGGCGCCGCUCGGUACUGCAGGGUGAAGUGCUGGGCUGAGGAGUCGUGUUGAGCUGAGGCGCCAGAAGCAGCGCGGCUGACUGAAGACAGGGAGGAUGGCUGGUAACGCGUGGAGGUCAACGGUUUCCCGUGUCAUGGGUGCUGUGAAAAGCCAAACACAGCCCAGAACAUUUUCCAGAGGAAUGCAAACAGUAACAAUAAUUCCAGGAGAUGGAAUUGGUCCGGAGAUCUCCUCUGCUGUAAUAAAGAUAUUUGAAGCAGCCAAAGUUCCCAUUCAGUGGGAAGAGAGAAAUGUCACAGCCAUCAAAGGACCUGGAGGCAAAUGGAUGAUCCCUCCUGAAGCCAAAGAAUCAAUGGAUAAGAGCAAAAUAGGAUUGAAGGGACCCCUGAAGACGCCCAUUGCUGCUGGCCAUCCCUCCAUGAAUCUGCUGCUUAGAAAAACCUUCGACCUGUAUGCCAAUGUGCGUCCAUGUGUGUCUAUUGAGGGCUAUAAGACCCCUUACACAGACGUGGAUCUAGUCACCAUUAGAGAAAACACUGAGGGAGAAUACAGUGGAAUUGAACAUGUGAUUGUUGAUGGAGUUGUGCAGAGUAUCAAGCUGAUCACAGAGGACGCCAGCCGCCGCAUUGCAGAGUAUGCCUUUGAGUAUGCCAGGAAUAACCAAAGAGCCAGUGUAACAGCUGUUCACAAAGCCAACAUCAUGCGGAUGUCAGAUGGCCUGUUCCUGAGGAAGUGCAGAGAAGUGGCAGAGAAUUUCAAGGAUGUCAAGUUCACUGAAAUGUACCUGGAUACUGUGUGUCUGAAUAUGGUGCAAGAUCCCACUAAGUUUGAUGUACUCGUCAUGCCCAACCUUUAUGGUGAUAUUUUGAGUGAUUUGUGUGCUGGGCUGAUUGGUGGUCUUGGAGUGACUCCUAGUGGUAACAUUGGAGCAAAUGGUGUUGCCAUAUUUGAAUCGGUACACGGCACUGCACCAGACAUUGCUGGUAAGGACAUGGCCAACCCCACUGCCCUGCUGCUGAGUGCUGUCAUGAUGCUGCGGCACAUGGGACUGCAUGGACACGCCAAGAAGAUUGAGACAGCCUGCUUUGACACAAUCAGAGACAAGAAGGUUUUAACCAAAGACCUUGGUGGAAAUUCCAAGUGUUCGGAAUUUACAGCAGAGAUCUGCCGAAGAGUACAGGACAUGGAAUAAGACUGCAUAUCGCCAACGUUUAUCUGUGUUCAGCUUCUGGCCCAGAAGACACGAUAAUGGCUUAAUUCAACUUCGUACCAUUCUGAUAUCUGCGCACAAUUAUAAUAGAAAUAUAUAUGUAUCUAUGAAAACAAGAUGACUUAAAGGGUUGACUUCUCGAAUGUUUAUUUUUACGCCUUCUCCAAAAAAAAAACACAGCAAAAUGUCGUUAAAAUCUUGUCUUGGUAUUUGUGUGAGAUGCUUUUUUUCUGUCAGCAGACAAUUGUAUAACCUACGAUGUCCUUUAUUUAUUGACUGGAAGUGUUAUCUGGUAUAUCUACAUAUUUUAACAUAACUCUACCACUGUGUCAUUCAGUUAAUAGCAGGCAUAAUCCUGUUCAAUUUAAAAGAUGACAUUCAUUAAAGAUCUUGAUAUUUUGAAUGUA